AUGCAUCCGCCUGCCGCAUCGCAGCUGCAUCGCCCAGAAGGCACACAUGCCCCCACCUUCUUCCCCUCUCAGUUCAGUGCCUCCCCUCUCUCAUCCCGUCCACCCCUCACCACCCCUUCCCUCCCCUCUCUCAUCAGUCCUCCCUCUCUAGUCCCUCACUCUCCUCUCCCAUUACCGUCCUCUCCUCUCGCAUCCCUCCCGUCCCUCUCUCCUCCCAUCCCCCCCUCUCUCAUCCGUCCCUCUCAUUUCUCAUCCCGUCCUCUCCUCUGUCAACCCUCACUCACCUCUCUCGUUACGGCCUCCCCUCUCUCAUCCAUCCCUCUCCACAAUCAUCCCGUCCUCGCCUCACUCAUCCCUCCCUCUCCUUUCCCAUCCCGUCCUCUCAUCUCAUAUCCCUCACUCUCAUCUCUUAUCCCUCCCUCUCCACUAUCAUCUCGUUCCCUCCUCUAUCAUCCCUCCGUCUCGUCUCUCAUCCCUCCCGUCCCUUUCUCCUCCCUUCCCACACUCUCUCAACCCUCCCUCUCCAUUCUCAUCACGUACUCUCCUCUCUCGUCACGGCCUCCCCUCUCCCAUCCCUUCCUCUCCACCAGCAUCCCGUCCUCCCCACACAUAUGCCUCCCUCUCCUUUCCCAUCCCGUCCUCUAUGGCUCAUCCCUCGCUCGCAUCUCUCAUCCCUCGCUCGCAUCUCUCAUCCCUCGCUCGCAUCUCUCAUCCCUCGCUCUCAUCUCUCAUCCCGUCCUCCCCCUCUCAUCCCUCCAUCUAUCGUCCCUUCCUCCGCUCUCUCAUCCCGUCCUCCCCUCUCUCCUCCCGUCCUCUCCUCUCUCCUCCAGUCCUCUCCUCUCCCAUCUCGUCCCCCCCUCUCUCAUCCCUCCCUCUCCACUCUCAUCCCUCUGUUCGCCACGAUGUGGGAUCCCCGCCGCCGCUGGGUGGCUGCCUCGCCACCCCGCUAUUGCAAUCUGCGCCACGCCGACGCGCCGCCUCAACGGCUUGCGUCGUCCAGGUCGCGCCUCAUCGCCUACGCCUCCACCGCCGCCUCGUUACCUCCAAGGAUAUAACCCGCUCCCACUUCCGUUCCCAUCUCUCCCAGGGUCGCAACUCCCUUUUCCCCCAUGUCGCACUUCCCCUUUCCCCCAAGUCGCACUUCCCCUUUCAGCCGGCUCGCACUUCAACUUCCCCACGGCUCGCUUAUCGGCUUCACCCCAUGACGCAGUACCUCUUCACCCAGGUCGCUCCACCCCUUUUCGACGGGUCGCACUCCCCCUUCCCCUCCACUUCCCCUACCCACCCAUGUCGCUCUCCCCUCACCCACAGGUCUCACUUCCCCUUCCCCUCCACUUCCCCUACCCCCGCAGGUCGCUCAUCCCCUUUCUCCCCGGUCGCCAUUCCAACCCCCCCCCCCCCCAUGUCGCUCCUCCCUGUCCCCCAGGUCGCACCCCCCCUUUCCCCCAUGCCACACCUCCCUGUUCCCCCCCACAGAGCACCUUAUCACUCCCUCACAAUGCACUACCCCUCCCAUCCCUUUGCUUCCUCUCCCCUCCAAUCCCUUUUACUAUCUUCGCUUCCCAUCCCUCCCCUCCCCUUCUACAGGCCUCCCUGCACUUCCUAUGCCCCUCUCCUCACAUCCCUCUCCGCUCUCGUCCCGUCCCCCGCUCUCCCCUCCCUCUCCGCUCUGAUCCCUUACUCUGCUCACUCAUCCCUGCCCCGCCAUCCCUCGUGACAUGUCCUCCCCUCUCUCAUCCCUCCCUCUUCACUCCGCUCGCAUCCCGUCCUCCCAUCUCUCAUUUCUCGCGGAUCUCUCUCAUCCCGUCCUGCGCUCUCCCACCCGUGACUCUCCGCUCUCAUCCCAUCCUCCGCCCUCUCAUCCCUCCUUCUCUGCUCUCGUCCCGCCCUCCCCUCUCUCAACAACUUCCCUCUUUGCUCUCAUCCCGUCGACCGCUCUCCCUCCCCUGUAUCCCAUCCCUCAUCCCGUCCGCCGCUAUCUCUUCCCUUCCUCUCCUCUACAAUCCCCUCCUCCGCUCCCUCACGCCUCCCUCUCCUCACCUAUCCUGUCUGCCGCUCUCUCAUCACUCCCGAUGCCCGUGUUCCCCACUCCCCCGCAGGGCGUGUCGCCCCUGUUUCUCAUCCGGGCCGUGCUCUACCCCGCGCUGCAGGGUGCACGGGCCUCGGUCUCAGGCUCACACGUCCCUCCGCCCUUCUCUCAUCCCCUCCUCCCAUCUCUCCUCCCCUCCUUCCCUCCCUCGCCCGCUCCUCCCAUCGCUCAUCCCCUCCUCCCCUCUCUCAUACCCUCUUCCCUCUCUCAUCCGCUCCUCCCCUCCCUCAUCCCCUCCUCCACACUCUCAUCCCCUCCCUCCUCAUCCCCUCCCCCUCUCUCAUCCCCUCCCUCUUUCUCUCAUUCCCGCCUCCCCAUCACUCCUCCCCUCCUUCCUUCUCUUAUCCCGCCCUCCCCUCUCUCAUUUCCUCCUCCCCUCUCUUUUCGCGUCCUCCCCUCUCUCAUCCCCUCCUCCCCUCUCUCAUCCCCUCCUCACGUGGUCACGGGUGUCAUCUCCCAACAAAUCUGAACACUCCACGUAA